AUGGAGUAUAGUAAAGAAAAGAAGGUAGGUGAGGGUACAUACGCUGUUGUUUACGUAGGAACACAACGUAGUACUAAUAGACAGAUCGCUAUAAAAGAAAUCAAAACAUCUGAAUUUAAAGAUGGUUUGGACAUGUCUGCUAUAAGAGAAGUGAAAUACCUACAAGAACUAAAUCAUCCAAAUGUUAUUUCCCUGAUAGAUAUAUUCAUGGCAUACGAUAAUUUGAAUCUAGUGUUGGAGUUUUUACCAAGUGAUUUGGAAGUUAUUAUCAAAGAUAGAAAUAUUCUAUUCACGCCUGGAGACAUUAAGGCAUGGAUGUUAAUGACAUUGAGAGGGAUUCAUCACAUACAUCGAAAUUUUGUACUGCACAGAGAUUUGAAGCCAAAUAAUUUACUAUUAUCACCGGAUGGUAUGAUCAAGAUUGCAGAUUUUGGUCUCGCGAGAAUAAUGCCAGGACCUAGGGAAACACUGACAAGUAAUGUGGUGACCAGAUGGUACCGUGCUCCAGAACUAUUAUUUGGUGCUCAGCACUAUACUUAUGCGAUUGAUAUCUGGUCGAUUGGUAUUAUAUUUGCGGAGUUAAUGCUCAGAAUACCAUAUUUACCGGGACAAGACGAUGUAAGUCAAAUGGAAGUCACUUUCAGAGCCCUUGGAACGCCAACAGAUAAAGAUUGGCCGGAAGUCUCGAGCUUUCCCAGUUACAACAAACUACAAAUAUAUCCCCCUCCCUCAAAGGACGAAUUCAGGAAAAGAUUCAUUGCUGCACCAGAAAGCGCAUUAGAUCUAAUGAACGGCAUGUUGACAAUGAAUCCACACAAGCGUUGGGACUCUUCACAGUGUUUACAAAGCGUAUAUUUCACUGAAUUACCGCCACCAUCAAAUCCUGAGGAUAUGAAGAAUUUUCUUAAAAAAUAG